CACUGACAUAAAUGUUGAUAACUUAUUUUUUAGGGGAAAUAAAUCCUAGAGGAGAAUCAAUUAUUCCUCUUAUGAAUUGCCUGCUAUAUUUUUUAAAAACAGUUGACAUAAUUUCAUGGUGUUAGGUGUUCAUAGGAGGAUGGCGGACGUUUUGCAGCAUGUUCUUCUAACCAUGGUCAUUGCAGGGUUCCUAGUCUGUGGUUCCGGGGCCUGGUACGUCAAUAUGCCGAGCCACAUCAAAGCCCUGUGGAAGUCCUGUCUGGUGAUCCCCUGCAGCUUUGACUACCACUGGGACCCCCCCAAGGUCCCGGGCCGCGUGGUGUGGUACCAAUACGCCCGGUCCAGCUACCCUCUGGUCUACGAUGCCUGGAACAAUAGGAAGGUCAUUUCGAAGUUCUCCGGGAAGACCAGUCUCGUGCGUCACGGGCCCCGCGACUGCAGCCUCCAGAUCUCCCGAGUGGACAGCAGCCUCCACAGGGAGAAGAUCUACCCCUGGGUGGACCCGGAGAACGUGGGGUGGAAAACCUACAGGUUCUAUGACACCACCGUCACCAUCCAGGUGGAGCUGACAGCCGAGCCCCCAAAGAUUAUUUUCUACGGGGAGAUGAAGGUCGGCCAGUCAGUGACUGUCCAGUGCAGUGUGGUCCACACCUGUCCCACCAUCCCUCCCACCCUGAAACUCAACAUCGGAUCCGAGUGGUCCAAAGUGGCCACCGAGUUGCUGCUGGACGGCACGGCCCGGACCACCCUCACCGCCUCCCUGCGCAUCCAGAGCGUCCAGCAGAGAGUGGACUGCUCCGUCCGCCAUCCUGGAGGUCUGGAAGCCACGGCGUCUGAUAGCUUUGAAGCGGAGUGCUCCUUCCAGCCUCUGCGCAUCGUGCCGCCGUCAGACCGGAUGUUUCCAGAGGGAAAGGUGAGCAGUGUCUCCUGUUCCGUGGAGUUCAGCUGCCCCAAACACUUGCCCACCCUCACCUGGAACUAUGAGGGCAUGCCGGCCACCCUGCCAGUCUCCAUGGUGGGGGUGGGCCGCUGGAGGACGCGGUCCGAGCUGAACUUCACCGCGGCUGCCCAGGACCAGGGUCGACCGCUGACCUGCUUCGCACGCUUCAUAGGCGGGCGCCGGCAGGAGGAAAGCAUGACCAUACAAGUCAAGAGGUCCAUACUCUCUCGUGACUGGUCCUACGAGACCCCUGGUAGCAUCACCGGCCUGGUGGGCUCCUGCGCCGUGAUCCCCUGCUCCUUCACCUACACCUCCACCCGGCCAUCGGGCCUGGAGGUGAAGUGGUACCUGCUCCAGCCCGACGCAUACCCACAGGUGUUUCCCCAGAAACAGGGCAUGGCCGUCAAGUACGCCGGGAGAACCAGUUUGCCUGGGUCGGUGUCCCAGGGGAACUGCAGCCUGUAUAUAGAGAGGCUGGAGAUGUCCCUCGACCAGAACCGACUCUACCCCUGGGUGGAUAAGAACCCAAUCACGUCCUACCACGACCACAACCUCAACGAUAGAACCUCUCAGCUCCGGGUCACAGAAAUCGCUCAACAGCCACAGGUGAAAAUGAACGGUGUUCCCCGGGUGGGAGAAGAGAUGAAAGUAUUCUGCAGUGUCCGGCAUUCCUGUCCAGCCGCACCCCCCAACCUCAUCCUAGACGCUGCACCAUUGGGCCGAACAGGGGGGCGACUCUCGGAGACUUUCCCACGAGAGGUUUCCCACGGCGUGUGGGAGAGGACGCUCGAACUCACCUGGACGGUGCGGGAGGAGGACGUUGGAGUGGUCUGCACUGUGCGGCACCCUGGGGGUCAAACGGCCACGACCAACCAGCGGAUGACGGCAGAAUGUCCAUUUCAUGAGAUCAAAAUGUCCGAGGAGCUGGAGGAGUUGAUGGAGGGCGUGGCGAAGCAUGUGACCUGCUCCGCUUCCUACACCUGCAAAAAGGCGUACCUGGCCAUCACCUGGAACUACAGUGACAUGCAGAGCUUCGGAACCACCCUGGAGACCUCGGGAAACACGUUUAAUACCACGUCCAUCCUAACCUUCGUUCCCAGGCUUGAGGACGAUGGUAAAUUGUUGACCUGCACCGCCCAGUUCACCACUGGUGGUACCUUCUCAGCCUCCUCAAGCCUACGUGUGAAAAAAUAUAAGCAGCGGUUUGUGACGUUGGACAGUAUAGAUGACAAAUCCACACUCCUGGCUGCUGAUGUCCUGCCCAAAAUCACAGCGUUACCUCGCUCCUGCGUGGUGAUACCCUGCUCCUUCCAGAUGCCGGACCACCUCACGACUGGACUGCGGGGCAUCUGGUACAACCGGGAAGGGGGCUGUGUCUACCACGGGGGCCAGAGCAAUGUGCUGACCCAUUUCAAGGGCCGCACUAAGUUACUGGGCACUGUCGGCCAUGGAAACUGCACCCUGGAGAUCAAUGACAUCAAGCCUUUCGACAACGGCCCCUUCUGUUUCCGUGCCGAAGCUGUAUCUGGCGAGGCCAAAUACAGCUUCAACGACAGUUGUGUGUUUAUCGUUAUGCAAGCGUCCCCAGAACGGCCCCGGCUGACCGCCACUCCAACCCACGCCGACGCGGGAUCAGUGAUCAACGCGACCUGCUCCGUAAACCACACGUGUCCCUCACAACCGCCCGUCCUGACGUGGAGCCACCCCACGAAUACCGCUGUGAUCGGGCACACCUGGAUGGGACAGGGCGUCUGGGAGACCUCCUCCACCAUGACUCUCAUCCCUGAAUCGGGAGAUGGAACCAAGAACCUGUCCUGUACCGCCACCUUCUCGAAAAGGAGAGUCCAAGUCGCCAUCGUCCAGUUCACCGUGAAGGGGUCGCUGAUGUUCCAGUUGAGAAGCUCUAUGCACGUAACGAUACCAGCUUCUGUGGUCGUCAUUGUCCUCCUUCUGGCCGCUGUCAUCGCAGUUUGCCUCCGGAGGAAAUGCAAGAGACAAACUGAAAACUUUUCGAGCCCCCCUCCUCGACCAGAGAAAAGAAGCCCAGUGGGGGGACGGGUGAAGUGGAUUCGAUAAAGGAGAAUGACGUCAUCCUGGGACCUCAUCACUGGCAGUCUGAUAAUGUACUACCGACCUAGUCGAGAAAAACCUUCAACCACCCACAAAUUAACAUGACAUGUGAUCCACCAUCUCAUUGCUAUUUUGGUUGUUUAUGAUAUUCAGACAGGGGUGUUGCACAAAACUCUUGGUGCCACACAAAGGCGGUCUCUGUUGGCUCUUUUCCUCUCUUGAUCCAUGUAUUGCCACACUUUAAUUCUUAUUUACAAUUAAUUGGGCUAACACAAACACCUCGUCUCAGCAACAUCAGGAGAUGAAGAGGGACACUCUGUGGCUGUUUCUGAAACUAAGGGCCAUGCCUCUCAUAUUAAGCUUAGCUAUGUAUUUUUCUUUAUUUGAUAGAUGUCUUUGUUAUAACAUUGUAGGUAUAAUGCUGAUGCAUUUAUGAUAUUGAUAAAUCAGGAUCUGGGUGAUGACCGAAAGGACGAGAUCGCGGGUACAAGCGGCCGAGAUGAGUUUUCUCAGAAGGGUGGUUGGCGUCUCCCUUAGGGAUAGGGUGAGAAGCUCAGCCAUCCGUGAGGAACUCGGAUUAGAGCCGCUGCUCCUUUACUUAGAAAGGAGUCAGCUGAGGUGGUUCGGGCAUCUGGUAAGGAUGCCCACUGGGCGCCUUCCUUGGGAGGUGUUUCAGGCACGUCCAGUGGGGAGGAGACCUCGGGGAAGACCCAGGACUAGGUGGAGAGAUUAUAUCUCAACACUGGCCUGGGAACGCCUCGGGAUCCCCCCGUCAGAGUUGGUCAAUGUGGCCCGGGAAAGGGAAGUCUGGGGCCCCCUGCUUGAGCUGCUCCCCCCGCGACCCGACCCCGGAUAAGCGGAAGAAAAUGAGAUGAGAUGAGAUAAAUCAGGAUAUUCAAUGCAAUUAUGCUCCAAGCUAGAUCCCCUGAUGACUGCCUUCAAUCUAAACUGUUGUAAUUAGCUUAAGCCAUUCUCAAUCGUUGACUCUUAAACCGUUGUGCUCACCCAUCUUUUGAAAGAAUUCAGUUAUGAGUUGUUCUCCCUCAACUUGCUUUUUGUGGACCUCGAUUUCCUUUUCUUGGGGAAAGACAUGACUAUUGUGUUGCAAAUUAGCGCUCACUCAUCCCGCGACUAGCUGCGUUAGUUUUUGGGCAUCCUCGCAGCUCAGUGGUGUGAUAAUCCAUUUGGUGCCUUCUGUAAGUGUAAAAUGAGCCUCCACCAUUUUGUUUUAUAACCAACUCAAAUGUUUUAUUCAGCCAAUUUAUAAUUACAUUACUUUGAAACAGAAUAUUGCAAACAAAGAAAAACAUUAUCACCCAAUGCUUUGAGGGAACUGGGUGUGUAUAUACGUUUCUUGUAAUAAUUUUUAUAUAUUUUAUAUCUAUAAUAGGGUUGUUUUCUUCCUUAGUUUCUCAGUGAUUCAUGUUUGGUUGGAUAAUUGUGUUUCUGCCUUCUUACACCCUUUAAAUGCAGGUUUUCAAACACUCCACACCCAUCUUAUUUUCUUAAAAUCAGUAAAGUGUACAAACUUAGUUACGUGAUUUCAAUUAGUUUUCAGAAGGUUAUUUUUUCAUUCAACGCUGGACCAUUAAAGUUACCCCCUAGUAAAUCAGUCUCUGCUCUUUGACUUGGUCUUAACUGCAAUCUUUUAAUUAACCUUGACAAGGAUGUAGCCUAAACAAAUAGACAAUAACAUCAAUACCAUUCUCUUCAACAAGAAACAAACUCUAAUGAAAAAUCGUGAAAUAUAAAAUUAGGUCACAAGUGCAGACUGGAAAUGUAUUUCUUGCAUUUAACCUGUAGGGGUCUGUAUGCGGGUUUUGCACCGCCCAGGUAAUAUAAGGCCAGGUGUGUGUUUGUUCGACACUGAAUGUCAAGGGAAGAGGCAGAGGUUUAAAAAAGUCUUUCGACCGCACGCUUAUUAAGUCUAGUUCUUUGUUAUAUAAGUUUACUCGUUACCUAUAAAGGUUUUCUCAUAAUAUUGUCUUAAUUAAGAAGACAGUUUGGUUCUUUUUUGUAUGGUAAAAUAAACGCAAUCAUUUAUUAAAGUCGCGAAUGCUUGAAAUCUUUGGAAGCGAGUCGAACUGACCUCGUCUUCUGUACCCACGGCUCAAACGAAGAAUGGCCGAGACACCAACACACAGAGGCUAAUUUCAUCAACAUGGACACCACUAUGAAUUCACGGCGCACAAAAAAACGCAAACAUUGACAAAUAAAUUCCUCCUCGAACUACAAUACAAUUUCAAAUGCACAAUAAAAAUCCUCUAAAAACAAAAAUCCAACCAUACACUUUUGAUAAGUUUACAUAUUGA